CACCAGGGGACUCAAAAUCGCCCCCUUCAAAAACACGUCGACAAGUCGGCGCUCUGCUGGCUCUGCUCGUUUAGAGCAAAGAAAAAGCUUCGGCGAGGUGAUUUUUCUCUCUCGCAAACCACUUCAACCGAAUAUGUGCACGUAGAGGACGCGCUCGCGAUAAGUGGCACGGAGGUACAGUCGCAAACAAGAAGAGAAACAGGCAAAAAAAAAAAUGUUCGUGACAAAGGGGAGACCUUGCAUAGUAUUGUUUGUCGCCGUGUUAAUCGGCGCAGAACUUGGAAGAACCGGAGGUCAGCAUCACCAUUCUCACGACCAUGAUCACCACGACCACGACCACCAUCACGGCCACGGGCACAGCCAUGAGUCGGCGGCAUUCAAGUACUCGAGAGCGGCCAACUCCGAACCGGCUCAGCAUUCCCACACACACAGCCAUCACAGCCACGCCAAGCCGACGCUGGCAGGUGCUCAAAAGAGCCGUACGUUGGAAGAGACAGCCUACCUGUGGGCCCGUGCCCUAGGGUCAACGCUGCUCAUCAGCAUCGCGCCGUUCGUGAUCCUCUUCUUUAUCCCGAUCGACAGCCGGUCGGGCCACGAGUCGCUGCUCAAGGUGCUGCUCAGCUUCGCUUCGGGCGGACUGCUGGGCGACGCGUUCCUCCACCUCAUCCCGCACGCCCUGAUGCCGCACGGCGACGAGGACCACGCAGCCCGCAGCCACGCUCACGACGACCACGCUCACGAAGGCCACGCUCACGGCCCCCAUGACAUGAGCGUGGGGCUCUGGGUUCUCGCCGGCAUCCUGGCGUUCCUGAUGGUCGAGAAGUUCGUGCGCAUGAUCAAGGGUGGCCACGGGCACAGUCACGGCCAGGCCCACGAGCACGACGACGGCCACGCUCACGAACACGACGACGCCGACGAGAAGCCGACGGGCAAAUGUGAUGGCGAGUCGAGCGGCGCCGAGGAUAAGGGCGCGACGAACGACGUCGUGCGGAGGAAAAAGCCGGCGAAAAAAAGUGAAUGCAGCGACGACGCUCCAAAGAGCGAGCAAGAGAAAAAACCGGACAUCAAGGUGGCUGCAUACCUCAAUCUUGCCGCUGACUUCACUCACAACUUCACUGACGGCCUUGCCAUUGGGGCGUCCUACAUCGCUGGAAAUACGGCGGGCUUCAUUUCAACCAUCACCAUUUUGCUUCAUGAGGUGCCUCACGAAAUCGGAGACUUUGCCAUUUUGGUGCAGUCUGGCUACAGCAAACGAAGGGCGAUGUGCAUGCAGCUGGUGACUGCAGUGGGCUGUCUGAGCGGCACGGUGUGCAGCCUGGUGGCGGAGGGCGUGAGCGGCAGCGCCAACUCAUGGGUGCUCCCCUUCACAGCCGGGGGCUUCAUCUACAUCGCCACCGUGUCGGUCAUCCCCGAGCUUCUCGAGAACACUCGCCUCUGGCAGUCCAUCAAGGAGGUGCUGGCCCUGCUCCUCGGCGUCACCAUGAUGGCCCUGCUCACCCAGUUCGAGUGAAGAGUGACACCCCUUGGCUCCCAUGUUGGUGUCCUAAGGCUCCCACGUCAGUGUAUUCUGGCUCACACAUCGGUGUCCUACAGCUCCAACGUCGGUGUCCUACAGCUCUCACGUCAGAGCGAUUUGUCGUGUCCCUUCUCUCUCUGUCGGCGCCGGCCGCGACACAUCGCCACAUUGUUGUCAUUUCUUUGGGACGGUUUCUUGAUACGGGAUGGAGUGGAAGAUGGUGACCCCCGCCACCGUUCCUCUUUUGGAAACGGAAUUGCUCAUUUUGGCAAAAUGUAUUUCUACCCGGUACUGCGUGGGGCUGUCCUCGCCGCCGGUCAUUUUUUGAGGCGCUUCUAUCGCACGAGCGACUAUUUUCUUAUUUGUCUAUGACGAUUCUCUUCGGUGCCACAAUGUUGGCGAUAGCAAUUGCUUUUUGUUUGAUAUUUACAUGGAUAGCCAAGCUGACAGGUUAGUAGAUAAGAUUAUUAAAAACGAAGAUAAAAAAAAGUAGUGCCAUGUCGGCAGAUUUCGAUUGCCGUUCACAUUUAUUAUGCUUCGUUUGGUAGCAUGGCCUUCCAAAAACUCAAAUUGAUAUAGUUUUGGGCUAGCCUCGAAAGAUUCUGUAUGUCAUUCGGUAUAUACUAUGUUAUCAAUAAAGUGAUAAGUCCUGUAUCCUGAUACUUAAUUAGUGAAGGAACCUUGUCUUGAUGGCCGACGUAGUAAUUUCCCCGUAUGUCGCUCUUGGGGCAUGGGACUGGACUACCGCAGUGAGGAUAUAUACUAUAUUUUCUAUUGUUUUUGAUGCAGCUGAAGUAACAGUUCCUGAUGAGAGAUGAGGAGGUCAAAGGUGCCGAGGCUUUCAAGGUUUGGAACGGUGAUUGACCCAAAGGGAAAUACAAAGAACAAGUAACUGUGAUAUACCAGGUGGGACAGAUGGAUCUAACCCACUUGAAACAAACUGCAAAAUUCAGUUUUGCAUGUUGUGAGAUUGCUAUUUACCACUAAAGGGGCUAGGUAGUGCAUUUGUUUUGUGAGAAUAUCAAAGAAAAAACUUGCCCCAGUCAGAAAUUACAAAUGAAAAUUAACAUUUUUCCAUGCCUCGAUAAACCCUUUCAAAAUAAGGUGCAAAAAAAAAAAAAGAAAACGUUCUGGAGGGCUAUUAGGACAUUUGAGUUAACAAAAAAUAGAACAGGGAGGACACAGUUAUUUGGAAUCACUCUUGUUGACCCAUAGGUAUUUUUUCUCAGACUUGGGCUCAGCAAAAUUUUGGCCUUUUAUUGGUAACUCCUGACUGGGUUAAGUUUUACUUUAAAAUUUCACCAAACAUAUGCACUGCCUUGUCUCACAUCAUGUAAAUUGGUGUUGCAGCAUGUGAAGUUGAUUUUCUUUUUUUGUUCAUUUAAAGUGGGUUAGAUCUGUCUGGCCCAUAGGGUAGCUAGACAUAUACCAUUACAUGUUCAUGCUUUGGCUGCGCAUAAUUUGUUGCAGAUUACUUCUUGUUCUUCUGAUCAUUCGCAUGCUCCGCCAUUGCCUUUGGCGGUCAGCCUUUGUUGUUUUUGUGUUGCACACAUUGGGGGAUGCUGAUUUUUUAAUUUGCAGAGGUGAGAUUUCCGGUUAUUAUUUCUAUAACUGUGCUGCUGUAUGCUAUCAGGCAUGGAGAACUAAGUGAUAUGCCAUGAGGCUUCAAACAACAAAAUAAAAAUUGCAUUAGUUCGAUAAAAAAA